AUGUUUGACGUUGGAUCAGGACUGCCUAACUCAAUUUUCAGCAAUGGAUUUGCUGCUAGUCAGUUGUCCAGACAUCUCAACAAGCCGUCAUUGGAGCAUAUGGAGCAUAUUAAAUAUGUAAAAUUUAGACUCAAUGAAAAGUCAAUUCGUCAAACACCUAUUAGUCUUUGCUCCAAACUUAUAAGAACAAUUUUCAAAUUUCAUUCGAUGAUUCAUUUCGAGCACCACAAAAUCAUUUUAAAUGUUCAAUUAUAA